GCGGGCGAUGCUCAGAAGGUUGGUGAUUGCGCAACCGAAAGUCGGUGUCAAUCUCGGUGCCAAAGAUUGACGAUUGCAAUGACUGGCUCGAGCCACAGCAGUUCAGCUGUUGGGAUGAUUGGAUUCGCAAGCCAUUCACUGCUGCCUCGAACGGAACGGUGCUGCUGCUGCGGCUUCUCUGGCCAGGAAAGAAUUGGAUUGCCGUUUGAAAAAUGCGGUGAGAACUGUCGAUAUCUGCCCAGAGGGCUUGGGAAUGCUGCUCGGCAGCCAUCAAUAAUACCGCUUACGAGGAGGAGAAGGGGUCCUUAUGGGCAUGCUAGGACGCUUGAUCAGGAAUGCCCCCCCGUGCGCUCACUGCCACGUGCACGUCAGUGCCAAAGGCGUCAGUGGCGGUCUCAUUCAAGAAGAACCUGCAGCCUUGAUCUUCUGCCCCUGGUUCACGAAAGAAGUGCUGCCAAUUGCAUUUGCUACGACAAUUGGUUCCCUCCACCAACGUGGCGGCCUCCUGUGCGGCGAUCAUGGUCAACAUCCGUUAUUGUGCGAUGCAGCAUUGCCACCGCAGCGGCAGUUCUAGACGAUGAUGAUGACGAGAACAUGCUCCAGCAAGAAACUUGCGGGGGGGGGUUGCAGGAGGGGGGAGGAGGGAGGAGGCAGGGUAUGGAAGAGUUGGGAGGAGGAAGGCGAUGGAGAGGGAGGGAGGAGGGAGGCGAUGGAGAUGGAAGCAGGAGGGAGGAGGCAGGGCAUGGGCGAUGGAGAUGGAAGCAUGAGGGAGGAGGCAGGGUAUGGCGGAGUAUGGAGGAAGGAGGCGACGAAGAGGGAGGGAGGAGGGAGGCGAUGGACAGGGGGGGAGGAGAGAAACGAUCGAAAGACAGGGAGGAGGGUGGCGAUGGAGAUGCAAGGAGGGAGGAGGGAGGCGAUGGAGAUGGAAGCAGGAGGGAGGAUGCAGGGUAUGGCGGAGUAUGGAGAAAGGAGGCGAUGGACAGGGAGGGAGGAGGGAGGCGAUGGACAGGGGGGAAGGAGAGAAACAAUCGAAAGACUGGGAGGAGGGUGGCGAUGGAGAUGCAAGGAGGGAGGAGGCGAAUGAGUGCAGAGAAGCAAAAGUACGAGCAAGGGAAACAGCAAGAGCAAGACCAAGAACAGGAUCAGGAUCAGGACAGGGAGCAAGACCAAGACCAGGAUCAGGACAAGUUCUUAAGAGUCGCUGGGAUUGUGGGCACUGCAACAAUGGCUAGCAAGCUGCUGGGGACAGUGAGAGAAACAGCUCUUGCAGCAGCCUUUGGAGUAGGUCCAGUUAUGGAUGCCUUUAGCUAUGCAUCGCUAGCACCAACCUUCUUCAUUGCUCUCUUGGGAGGAAUAAAUGGUCCUUUUCACAGUGCAAUGGCAUCUUCGUUAAGCAAGAGAACAAGCAGUGAAGGAGCAUAUCUGGUGGAUGCUGUGUCAACACUUGUAGGAGUGGUUUUUGUGGGUGUGAGCAUCGUUGUGGGUGUAUUUGCAGAACCAAUCAUCGAUCUUAGUGCGCCUGGCUUGUUUACCGCACAUGCGUCAAACGGUCUGUUGACUCGGAACAUUGCAAUAUCCCAGCUCAGGAUUAUGGCUCCUUGUGCACUGCUGGCCCCUCUCAUUGGUAUUGGCUUUGGCAGCCUCAGUGCAAGGAAGGUGUACGUAAUUCCAUCGCUGAGUCCGUCAUUCUCAAGCCUUGCAAUUUUAGUUGCGGUUGGAGUACAUGUUGCACGGUUUGGCAAGCUAGCUGGACAUCCCAGCAAUGCCAUGCAAGGUGGAAUAACACUGGCCAUUGGGUCGAUGGCUGGCACGGUUCUCCAAUGGCUAGUGCAGGUGAUUGCUCAGGCACGCUCAGGUGGUGGGGUCUUCAGACUGAGAUUUGAAAAUCCUUUUGACAAUCCUGGUGUUAAAGAGGUCCUGCGAGUUGUAGUCCCUGCUGCCGUUGGAUCGGGCUUGUUGCAGAUUGCAACGUACACUGACUUAUACUUCGCCUCAUUUCUGCCAAAUGCAGCAUCUGCUCUGGGAUCAGAACAGGAGGCGAAAGACGCCACUCUCCUGAAGGAGAGAAGAGAGGAGGCUAAGAAGAAGGCCCUGUUGGAAGAACAGGCGGCGAAAUUAAAGAAGAUUGAGGAGGAGAUGGCCAGAGAGAGGGAGAGGCUAAAGAGAGAAGAAGAAGAGAAGCUCAAGGCGGUAGAAGAGGAGGAAGAGGAGGACGAACGGCCACUGGAAAGGCGAAGGGUAGGAGGAAGAGGUGAAUCCAGUGGUACUAAGGAACACCAGAUGGAGAAGAAGAUUACGGAGUGGGUUGCUGGCAUAUCCCUGGGAGAAGAAGAAGAGGCACUGAUGUAUGUGCCCAGGGAAGAACAAGAGGCCGCAAUAAGAGCGUGGGAUGCCGAAGAAGACCCACUCAAGCGGCAGGCAAUGGAGGAUGAGAAAAGGAUGGAGUGGAAAUUCCGAUUGAUGAGGGAGAGGAAAAGGAGAAUGGAUGCGGCGAGCGAGGUGGCGAAAGAAUUGGAAGAGGUGAAGAAGCAGAGAGACCAGAUGGCGACGCAAGUGGACUUGUUGGGGAAGAUGAAAGGAAUUGGCGACGCAGGUGGGCGCAGAGGUGAGGGCCCGCCUAGAGGGCAUAGAACGUUAUUGUACAGGCGCCAUAGAAGGCGCCAAAUUGACUGCCCCAAGGAGGAGGAAGCACGUCCCCGUAGAGAGCCGGUCAAGGUCAAGUUCCCUGACUCCUAUAGCGGGAAGCAAGAGGAGAAUUUUGACCAUUGGGAAGCCAAUGUCAAAACCUACGUCCAUCUGCAGAAGGUCUCUCCGGAUGAGCAUGUCCUGAUAGCCAUCCAUGCCCUUCGGGACGAAGCAGCAAGCUUUGCCCGUUCCUUGUGCCGCGCCGCUAACUGCAAUGACAAUUUAGUUGCUUAUUGUGCAUUCACUCCUCUCACUGAAUUCCUUAAGUUAUUAAGGGAACGGUUUGCAGACGUUUCGCGUAGUGUCAAAGCCUCUGAUAGACUGCAAACCAUCCACUCCCGCCAGUGGAAGAGUGUCAGGGCACUCAAGGGCGUAAUGGACGAGUUAGUCGCCAUCCCGGACCAUGGGGUCACAAAGACCCAAUUGGGCAACCUCUUCUACCGGGCUAUGCCCGAGCAAUUACGAGGGCACUUCUUUGAGAAGAGCCAACAGCCCACCAUGACCUACGACGCAUUGAGCAGGGAAGUGGUGGUGUUCGAGGCGAGGUCCAUGUCAAUUUCCACUUUUUGGCAUAAGGACCUGGACAAAGGCAAAAAGUGGAAGGGUCGCACCAUCUCGGGUCAGGUCAAGACCAAGGAUCGUUUGAUCCUUACAUUAGAUGCGGGUGGUGUCGACGAAGUCCCCUACGAGCAGAUUGAGUGGGGACUAGAGGAGGAGGACAGUGGCGUUAGCCAGGGGAGGACUUACGCUGCUGUCGCGGCUGGAGGGAGGCCGCAAGGAGGAGGUAGAGGCCGGGGCCAAGGGGCCCGGGCCUCAGGGGGCCGUUCCCAGGGCGAUUAGGGGGUUGGUGGUAGAGGAGGAAACCGCCAAGCGGGAGAAAGGGGUCAAGGUCCCCCGCAAAACCGUUUAGGGAAUA